CACAUUGCUCUGUUUAAUACUUGUUAAAUACUCCACUCAAGAUAGUUAAUUUAUCGUCAACAUGCUUUUCUCCAAGACUGCAAUCGUCGCGUUCGCCCUGGGGGUUACUUCAGCCUAUGCUGCGAAUACCGUCCCCGUCUACGUCAAGCUCGUCGGCCAAGACGACGGUAUCAAACUCGAUGUCCCGUACGACACUUGCACGACGGUGGACUUGAAAGACGAUGUCGAGGCCUACCAGAUGGUUCCCGCGGAUGAUGGGUCGUUCCCCGACUGUGUCGCUUUUGUAACCGAGGACUGUUCUGGACCGCAUCAAGCCCCCUGGGUGCAUGGUGGCGGUGUGCUUGAACCCGCGCAGUUCGUGGGCUCGCUGAAGUGUGAGCCUUCAACGACCCCUCCUAUGGAAGGUUGAUUGUACGUGCUAUCCAUUGGCUCACCUGUCGCUACUCGUACUGUGUUUGAGAGAAUUCGAUAUUGCUGCU